AUGAGUGUCGUCGAGGGUGCUGCGGGCCAUGUCGAGUCGUCAGACACUAUGGGGGUACGCAAUGAUAUCGAUGAGGAAGAGGAACGAGCCAGAAAUGAAUGCUCCUCAGAGAGCUUGGCUGAUAAAGACAACGCUGAUCCAUUUCAGUACAACAUGCAUAACGAAGCGAUCUUUGAUGAUGAGAAACUUUUCCCAUGUCCAAGGGCUAAUAGUGGUAUCAUAACUUACGAUGCAAAGGACCCAGAGCUUGUCAACCAUGCUACUCUCAAAGCACUAGCAGUACAACUAACUUCGCCUGAUAUAAUAGAUUAUAAUCUAGUAUGUGACUUUUUCCUUACAUAUCGAAUAUUUGUCAGUAGUGAAGAAGUGAUGAGUUUAUUGCUCACUAGAUUAAUAUGGUCAUUGCACUAUAUCAAUUCAAAGGACGAAUCAAAUGUAACAGUUGGGAAGUUGGUUUUGCUUAGACUGUUCGUAGUUUUGAGACAUUGGCUCUUGAACUAUUUCACAGAUGAUUUUGAAUCAAACUUGGACUUGUGUGAGCUGUUCAUAAAAAUAUUGAAUGCCAUUUCUAUCGAAUCACAUCUCGUGAAUGAGUCGAUGGUGUUCGAGAAAAGAAUUGUAUGUGAUUUAAAAAUACAUUGGCUACUUUUAAUGAAUCAAUUUUGGGGUACGAAGAUCAACAUAGAUGAAAUAUCGGAUAAAGUCUUGAAGUAUUCGUUGCCCAAAAUUUCCGAACUCACAAUGAACAUAUCUUCUGGCAAAAGAGAAACGCAUUUUUCGAUUCAUACCAACCCUUCUUAUAGGCGAUCAGCGAUGUUAUCGCUUUACGAUUCAAAUGUGCAUCAUAAAUGCAUGAUCUUUGAUGAUCUCAAUUCUAACGAUGAAAACCCUCAAUUAACCAUUAAUAACUUGCUUUCACAUCAUCGUUCAUCGAGUAAUUCAAUAAAGAAUAAUUUGCAUGAGAUGAAUGUAAAACAAGGGCCAAAAGAACUUAAUAAUAAUGCUAGAAAACCAUUGCAAUCAUCCAACAAGCACAAUCACAUGAACCUCAAAGACUCAUCCCUAGGACUCAAAAAAAUAUCGUUGGGUGAUUCGAAUUCUCCAAAACAAGAUCUCGAUUCUCCGAAUCCUGGCUUCUCUGCUAAUGGCCUCAUAAAAUUACCUUCGUCUAAAGUUAAAUUGGUUUUACCUCCGACGCCAGUUAAAAAAAUGGAGUAUGUCAUAAAAUCUGAAGCUAUUGGAUCACCCACCAGAAGGUCUAAGAAAGCAUCUAGUCUUGUUCAUGACCUUGGGGACGUUUCAAGAAAAAAAUCAAUUAAGAAGUUAGUCGAAAGUUGGAAGAAGUCAUUCGCUAACCAUAAGGAAGAAAGUUCAUCUCGAAUUUCUUUGGCAAGCGCAACUGAACUUGAUUCAUUAGUAGAACUUGCAAUUAACGUGAUACCGGCCGAGACGAACGACAACAGAUUCGAUGUUUUGAGCGCCAGGAUUGUUGAUGAAUUAGAGUAUUUGAUAAGAUUCUAUGUCAAAAAUCCAGCUUCCGCGAGCACAAUUGAAGAAGACGAUGGGACACAAGAGCUUAGUGAUAUCCGUCAAUCGGUCAAUGAGUCCCCAGAAAACAAUUCCGAUAUAUUGGCGUCCACUGAGCAAUUCUGGAUUGUAUCGAAAAGUGAACAAAGAAAUUCAAAUCAAUAUGAAAAACUGGAAAACCCUAAGAUAGACAUAAACGAUCUUUCUGAACUAAAUAUCCUGAAAAUUGACAAUUUGAUUAAUCAGGAAAAAAACGACAAGGAUAAUCUGCGAAAAAUACAAUCAGGUCAUGAAACAGUCAUUGAGUCUCAAGAUUCAUCUUUCCAAAGACCAAUUAGCAUAGACUGGAAUGAUAUGAACUUAGAGAACUCUGAAGAUGCUCAGAAGGAAGAAAAUGAAGAAGAAGUUCUGGGAAACAUUUCUCAAAGAAUGGUUAGGACUGGAACACAAUACUUUGAUGUCGAAACAAAUCUACCUUUAGAGCCCGAUGCUCCUUUCGAAUCAAACAAUUCUUUAGCAUCAACAUCAGCAUCAGCCUCAACACCGAGCGACUUGACUAACUACAAUGCUGAGGUAUCCGACCUUGGAAUUGCAGUUAGUCCUAAGCUGAUGAAAGAUCUGCAAUACGUUAGAAGAAUUAGCUUUGAUGCUGAUUAUUCAGUUUCUCGGAAAAUUUCACUCAAGUCACGAUCUUCAACGAAUUCUAUUUUCAGGAGAGAUUUAAUAAAGUCAUAUGUCAGCUAUGAUUCAGCUUUUUCCUUGUCAGGAGUAUCUCAAAAGUCUACCACGAGCCAUGAAAUUACUAAUAGUAAUUUGAAAAAGAAGCACGCAUACAAUGAUUUGAGAUCUGUAGCAAAUUGGAAUAAGGAGACAGGACAACGUGCAAAUAACGUUCGAUCAUUUUCGGCCAAUUCAAUUGUUUCAAGAUCUUCGUCGUUGCGUAAAAGUGUCAGAUUCAGUUCAUUGUGUGCUUUGACAGAAGCGAACGCUAACCGAGUUUCUACCAAUAAUGCGAGAAAAGGUUCAUUAAGAAGCAAAUCAUCGAAUCAAUUAGACCUUGAUGACAGUUCUAUUUUCUCACAUUCUGCAAGGAUUAGUAGAGAGAUAAAGGGAGAUAAGGACAGUUUUUGUGGUAGUGAUACUUCUGACAAUUCUGUUGCGAUACCAGGAAUAAGCAAUUAUGCCUUAAAAGAAUUAGCAGCUAUUCCUGACGAGUCUUUGGAAUCCAGUGAUCCUAUAAGGCUUGCAUUAUAUAAGCUAGAGGGUGAGAAAAGAAGAAAAAAGAAGCUGAAGGACGUAGCUACAAGAAGAACAAAUGAAGCAAAUGAAGCAAGUGACCUAGAAACUCUGGAAGCGAAUGAUGUUUCAUUAUCGAGUAAAACAGAUAAAGAUCAAGAGACUAGUGGAGAAAAAAUGCUUGAAGAAAUUGAAAAUGACGCACCUUUAGUUUCUUCAUCACUAAUACAUAAUGAUAGAGUGCUGACUUCUUCAAUUUUGGAGAAUAAUGCACAGCAACAAGAGGCUAUUCUGAUUAACGACACAGAAGAAAUAUUGAAUGAAAUCAACAAUGCCAAUACUGAAGAUGUGAUAGAUCUUAAUCCCUCAAUAGGCGAUGUUACGCAAGAGCUUCCCUUAUCGCCAAGAGAAAAUGAGGACGCUUUACUUACCAACAAAGUCAAUGGAGAAGAGCCUAUUCUUGAUCUGCCAGGUAAGGAACGAUUUGUUUUCACACUGUCGGAACUUGAGGAGCAGCCGGAUGAACAAUCACCGCAAAUGAUACUAGACACAUACGAUUUAUCAACAGAUUUGCUUAAGGUUGAGAACGUUAUGGACAAUCGUCACCACAUCUCAUUCGUAUUGGGAAUUGAUUCUAAGACGCUAGCUAGGCAUUUCACUGCAAUCGAAAAAGAUCUUUUGCAGGAAAUUGACUGGAAGGAGUUGAUUGAACUCAAGUGGAAUAAGGAAUUAAUACCAGUAAACAGCUGGUUGGAAAUAAUUGUCAAUGAUGAUUAUUACAAGGCAAAUAAAGGAGUCAGCUUGGUAAUAGCCCGGUUCAAUUUGAUGGUCAACUGGAUAAUCUCAGAAAUACUCCUCACAAGUUCUCAAAAAGAAAGAAUCAAUCUCACAUCGAGGUUCAUUCAUAUUGCUCAGAAUUGUUAUGUGUUCCAAAACUUUUCAACAUUGAUGCAGAUUAUUUUGGCUCUAUCUUCUGAAAAGAUACAAAAACUAAAGAAUACAUGGAAGAAUCUUCCUCCCGGCGAUAUUUUAAUGCUUAAGAAUCUUGAAGAGCUAUCUUCGCCAAUAAAAAACUUUUUGAAAAUACGGCUUGCGAUCAAUCAGAUAAAACCCUCGAAAGGAUGUAUUCCUUUUGCAGGAUUGUACUUAUCAGAUUUAAUAUUUAAUGCGGAACGCCCUACUUUUAUAAAAAAGUCAAAGCCUGAAGAGCUUGGAGAAAGCAGUAAAAUGGGUACUUCAAACAUUCAGACAUCUGAAUCUGAAAAAGUUAUCAAUUUUUCUAAGUUCAGGACUUCAGUCCAUAUUGUGAAAUCCUUGUCUCAAUGCAUUGAAUGGUCGAAUUAUUACUGCUUCGACAUCAAUGAAGAUAUUCUCUCCAAGUGUCUUUACAUAAAUUCUUUGGAUGAGGACGAAAUGAACAUUUGCCUCAGCAAACUAGCAGACUUUUAG